CAGUGAAGAUAUGAUUUGGAUAUCUUUCAACUCAGUUUUUUAUCAUCUAUCGAUCAAUGGUCGAAUGAAUCUUAUCUACGAGUUUAGUCAAGAGAAAUAAUUAAAUUACUAGUUGAAUGCGGCGGCAGGAUGGUGUUUACCUAUUUUUUACUUUUUUCGCUCAAGAAUGACAGAGGAUAAUAGAAACGUAUCUUUUCUAAUAAAUUUAGUCAUUGAAAAUGAAAAACUCCGAGUGGACCGAUUUUCCCUCUAAUGGAUCCCCGUCCUUUUAAUUUGCUGAAGGAAUAUCCUCUCUCUUUUUCCACCUUGUUGAUAAAGGUAGAAGUAAACAUCCGAUUGAGUUCAAAUUUAUACUUCAGAUAGAACACUGAAAUUGAAAAUCAGUAUAUUUUUGUCAAAAACUUUGUGUCAUGUUUUUCUUCUAGAAAACUGCAGUUUGCGUCAUGACGACGGCGAAAUGUACUCCGAUCGAGCUGAGAAUUUUUGCCACAAGUAUCUGGAAUGAUAUUCCAGGACAGUAAUUUUGUUUCCGCUUGUGAAUUUUCAUUCAUUUUCAUGAAAAAAGUCCUAAAUUAAACUUUAAUCAUAUAUCGCUCAUUUUUAUAGAGAACUCCUUUCUUUACAAGACUGAAGAAGUUUUCAUGUUCGGGAUAAUAAAGAAUGAGUUUUCAGAAGUUAACAAACAACUUUUUAGAAUAAAGCCAUAAACUUUAAAAAGUUUGUAUCUUCUAAACAAAUAUUCGUGGAGGGCUGGGUGUACUAUUAUUUUGUAGAGGAUACUUCAUGCUAUCAGACAGAAUAAUGUUUAUACUAUCAAAAGAUUAAUUAAGAUUUAGUUGCAGUUUCUGUUUUCAACUACAAAUGAGUAAUAAUUUAGUUGCGUGAACCAAAAUAAUUCUAAUUGUUUUAGGGAUUAAUUUACCAUUUCAUGGCAAAGCGGAGCUGGAAAAUCAUCCAGAGGAAGAUGGCGAAGAAGGAGAUGAUGUCGAAGAGGAAAGUGAAGGUGGUGAGGCAUCACCUGAAGAAAUGGAAGCUCAAUCACCAAAUCUACAAGAUUCUUGA